AUGUGAAAUUCAAUCGGCUGUGAUUCGUGAAAUUCAAUCGGAUGUGAUUAGUGAAAUUCGAGCGAUACAAGUUUAAAAUAAAAUUGUCAUUUCUAUUGAUGAAGGCAUUUAAUAACUUGUAUAUUGCGUGAAAGAAUUAUUGAAAAUAAAAAAAAAACAAAUAAAUUUUUCGAGUAUACUUCAAAUUGAUUAUAUAGAACGAAAUAUAUGAGGAAGGACUACUACAAUUCAGAACAUUAAUGAAAAAAUUAAGUAUAAAUCAAAACAUUAUGCCAAUUUGACGUGAUAAUAUCCUACCAAAUUUCUACCCAACCUGAGACGUAUAUGUAGUUCAUUUGGACGGCACACCUCAAGAAAAGCAUUAAAAUUACGUAAGAACAAUAAGGAAGAUGAAAUUUAUUUUGUAUAUGUAUAUUGUAGGUUUAUAUUCCUGUAUUGAAAUAUAGAAUUUAAAAAUGAAACUUUCAAUUAAUUGGAAGAAACUCAAAUGAGGAGAUUGCAGACUAGCAGUAAAUUAUGUCUCCCUUGAAUAAUUCAAUUUUCAUAUUGUGAAAUUUAAUAGUAUGUGAAUAAUGGAAUUUUUAUAUUCGAACAAGCCCUAGGCUUAAAUUAAGACGAAGAAGAAGAAGAACAAAGAUACAAAUUAACAAUAGAAUUGUCAUCCAUAUUGCUGAAAGCAUAGAAUAUCUUGUAUAUAAUGAUUUUUAAAAUUAUUAUCAUAUGUAUAGCAUUAUUAUGACCGAACUAGUUACCAACAUUUGACUUGUCUUCCUUUUAAUUCAAUUUUUGAUAUCAAUGAUAUUCUCUUUCAACUUUAAUUCACAGGUAUACCAGGUGAUUUUUCUGAAUUGAAUCAGUCGAAAAACUCAUGGAAAAAUGUUACGAUAAAAAAUUUAUGGUUUCGAAGGGGAAAUCCACUUAUGCUUUAAUUUCCUUCAUUUCUCUCACCCUUGAGGGGGGGGAAGAGGGGCAAACUUUAAUAUAACAUGCGCAGUACAAUUUUUGAAACAAAACAAUCCUACUUUCUCUUAAUGAGAAAUAAAUGGAUAUACAUUCUCCAUAAUGGUUAGAAAUUCAGUGUUGUUUGUAAUCUUGCCCUGACUAGUGUUAUUAUUUAUAUAUUUGUUGAAUCUUCUUUGUGCUUGAGACAAUGUCGUUUAAUAACCAGAGUUCCGACAUGAUCCCAAUACAAGUUGAAUAUGCAGAAUAUAAACGGAAGAAAGAAUAUUUGAAGAGAAUAGUGAGACUCACGACAUCAAAGAUGCAGGAUGACGAAAGUGAUGUGGAGAGCGGCUCAAUGAGCUACAGAAUCCAUUACAAAAUCUACAUAGAGGCUCUGGAGCAAUUAUUAGGCAAGGAAGUAGUUGAGAGAAAAAUAAAAGAUAAGGAGGAAAGAGAAAAGAGAGAGAAAGAAGAAAAGAAAAUUGAAGAAAGAACCUGGACCGAAAAGUUAGCAAUUUUCAAAGCUAUGAACAGAGCUUCUUGCUAUAAGCAACUCUUGGAUCAAGUAAUUAUCGGACAAGAAAGUAUAAAAGAUGCAAAUUUGUUAAUGGCGAACCUCUGUAGCCAGGACAAACAAAGAAAUACACAUAGACAUUUAGAAUUCACUCCUACUGUACCAAAAAGGGCUUUGUAAACUGAUGGUUGUUAAAAUAUGAAUAGAUAGAACCAAAUAUGUUGAAUCAAAAAAUAUACCAAAGAAAUAUUAAAAACAAUUUCUCAUUCUGGAGUUUUAGCAUUUAUUUUCAAUACUCCAUUAAAUUUAUCAGAAAAAAUUAUAGGGUUCUAAUUCAAAUUAUUAUCUGAGAUGAUCUGAAAAUAUGUAAAUAUAUUGUAUAUAGUUCUGUAUUAAAAUAAAAAAAUAUAAAAAAUAAAGCUUUUUAAAUUAUUCGAAAUGAACUCAACUGGUAAGAUUGCGGACUAACAGGUCAUUAAAAAUAAAGAAAAUCUUCCCUUUGAAUCAUUCAAUUUUCAUUUUGUGAAAUUCAAUCGGAUGUGAUUAGUGGAAUUCUUAUCUUAUCUAUAUGAGAAAAGUUACAAAAUUAUAAUAGAAUUUUCAUCCCCAUUAAUGAAGGCAAU